UGCUUCUAAAAGUGUAAGAGAACUGAGUUAGAGAAUAAAAACCUUAAUAUAAUCAUCUCAUCUACAACGAAUUGUACGGGAAGAUGGAAGAGAAGAGCAGAGUAUUGGUGAUCGGAGCAACAGGAAGAUUAGGGAACUACUUGACCCGUUUCAGCAUCCAAUCGGGUCACCAGACUUUCGCCCUCAUAAGAAACUCUGCUUUCUCCGAUCCUUCCAAGUCCGUUAACCUUGAAUCUCUCUCCUCCGCCGGCGUCACUCUCCUCAAAGGUCCAUUAGAAGAUGAAGUAAGCUUAGAAGAAGCAGUGAUGAAAGUAGAUGUAGUCAUCUCUGCGAUUCCAUCAAAACACGUUCUUGAUCAGAAACUCCUCAUCAAUGUCAUCAAACGAUCUCCCUCCAUCAAGAGGUUUAUCCCUGCUGAAUACGGAGCAGAUCCGGACAAAAUACAAGUCUCGGAUCUUGAUCACGGCUUCUACUCAAAAAAGUCUGAGAUAAGACGUCUUGUGGAAUCAUCAGGGAUUCCUUACACAUACAUUUGCUGCGGAUUGUUCAUGAGGAUUCUACUUCCAUCUCUUGUCCAACCGGGUCUUCAAUCACCUCCAAUGGAUAAAGUCACCCGUCUUUGGAGAUGGAAACGUUAAAGCUGUUUUUUUGUGAAUGAGGUUGAUGCUGCAGCGUUUACAAUCAAAACGAUCGAUGAUCCUAGAACACUGAACAAGACAUUGUACCUUAGGCCGCCUGGAAACGUAUGUUCUGUAGGGACAGGAUUCACAUCCUCCCACAAGGCCCGAAUAAUAGAUGGCCCGGCCCGCUAACGAUUCUGCGUUGGCCCGACUCUCGACAGAGCGGCGCCCCGAAGCCCGCUGAGUCGAAGUGACAACACCCGGCCCACGGGCGAAAAGCCCAUCAAGCUUAGGUCACGAAGAUUAGGUCAUCAGAUCAAGAGGACGUCAGCUAUAAAAGAGGAGGAAGGGACAACGAGGAGGGGAUCCGAAAUCACGCUCACUUACUUGGCGGCUAGAAUUAGGGUUUUCAUCUUGUAUUCUCGCCGUUGUACUUUUCCGACCGACAGCUUCCGAGCUUCGGUCUCUCUUUCUCACCGUUUGUUUCCUCUUUUGUACACCGACUAAACUCUUUCUCAUCUGAAUAAAAAUGUCUUCGACUAAA